UCCUCCACCUCCCCCCCGGCCGGGAAUGUAACAUGGCGCUGGCAAAGGAUGCAGAGAAGUGGAGCAUGUAGGACAAUAAAAGACAGCGGCAGCAGCAGUACAGGGGGCAUGCAGACGCGCUACAUGGAGAUUAGUAACACGGUGCAUGCACCUGAAGAUCAGGACUCCUCCACUCUCAUAACCCUGCAGCAAAAUGUUGAUAGUUGAAAAGACAACGGAUUACCCUUCCACAGAGUACUCUCUUGUGGAAGAUGUGGCCCUCCACUUCACAUGUUUGAUGGACAGACUCAAUGAGCAACGCUUGUUUCAACCAGACCUCUGUGAUGUUGACAUUGUGCUGGUCCAGCAAAAAAGCACCUUUCCUGCUCAUAAAGGUGUCCUUGCUGCUUAUAGCCAGUUCUUCCAUUCUCUUUUCACACAGAACAAGCAGCUUCAGAGGGUGGAACUAUCCCUAGAAGCUUUAACAUCUCGAGGCUUUCAACAGAUCCUUAAUUUCAUCUAUACUUCUAAGCUGCUGGUCAAUGGCUGUAAUGUACAGGACGUUUUAAAUGCUGCAGCUGUGUUGCAGAUGAAUGAGAUUGUUACAUCAUGUCAGGACCUUAUACAUAGUAGGUCCUUGAAUCUAUCAUUAGCGAAUGAUAUCUUGGAUGUAGAGGACAAUAGGAAUGAUACAGCUUCUGUGAUGCCUCCACAGUUUUACCGGGAAAUCAAACAGGAAAUGGAUGCACCUUCAACAAAAAUUUAUGCCAGGGAAGGAAAUGAUCCUUACUCAGUUAGAGUAGAGGACAGUAUGACCAAAGGACAUCUCCCUGGUACAGCAUCACCCAAGCAGUAUUUUAAAGAUGAGGAUAGAAGUGGUUCAAGGAUCUGUAAAAUAGAAGGCGCAGAUUCUGAAGAGGACAUUGAAAAUCAGGCCUCUUACAACAGAGAACAGCAGAUUAUUGUAGAGGUCAACUUAAAUAACCAGACACUAAAUGUCUCUAAGGGGACAGACGGUAAGACUCCCUCUGAGGCAGUAACUGUUUUAGAUAGGUCAGAUGGAGAUGAUCGAGACUCAGAAGAAGGAGAUGAGGAAAAUGAGGAGGGAGAAGGUGGUCUUGAGGAAGAGGAUGACUUUAUGGAUAUGUUAGAGGAUGAGGAUGAUAUUAUACAUAGUGAAGAGGAGGACAUGGAAGAGCAACGCGAUGAUGAUGACGAUGAAGAAAAGGACAUUGAUGAUGAAGCUUCAGAGUUGGCCAAAGAUGAAAACUCCCAAGUAGAAGGGGGAAUGUUAACCAGUGAAAAUAAUAACACAAAUAUAACGCAAAAUCAAAAAGGUUUGGGUGGGGGAGGAAAAAAGAGGAAGAAGGGGCAGGAUGGGUUGGGGCAAAAAUCCAAAUUUGAGGAGAAGCAGAACUAUCCUUGCAAAAAGUGUCCUAGAGUUUUCAACAAUAGAUGGUACCUUGAAAAGCACAUGAACGUCACCCACAGUCGCAUGAGGAUUUGUGAUAAAUGUGGGAAGAGAUUUUUAUUGGAAAGUGAACUGAUGCUGCAUCACCAGACAGACUGUGAAAAGAACAUUCAGGUGAGUCUUGGUGUUCUAGAAGCCAACAGACCUUUUGUAAUUGUGCAAACUUGA